UUCUUCAAUCUCUCUCUCUCUCUACAUUUCUAGGGUUUGGGUUUUUUUUUUUUUCUGUGUUGUUGUUAACUCGCUUAUUGAGUCACCAAACCAAGAUAAUUGAAUCAAUCACUCAUGGGGUCGAUCCCCGAUCCGGGCGAGUUAACUGAGUUGACUCAGCCGAAUUUUGACGAGUUCCAGCGUCAAACCUCGUUAAUGACCAGUUGUACACUCCUUUGGAAGGAGCUUUCUGAUCACUUCACUUCUCUUGAACAGAACAUCCUGAAGAAAUCUGCUGCACUUAAGCACAAGAUACAAACCCUAGACUCUGAAACGAAAGCUUCCUUGGAUGUUCUGAAGAAGCGGGAGGUCACCAUCGACGGCAGCGUCGAGAUCGCUUUAGAAAAGCUGGAAGAACGCACUGAGGCUGCUUUGAGUAACUUGAAUUCUCUCUUGCAACAGAAGGAAUUCGACAACCCCGACGGUGAAGUCGACGACGGCGACGCAUUGUUGAUGAUAUUGAAGAAUUACUGUCUUAAAAUGGAGGCAAGAGAAUUCUGGAAGUUUGUGACUACUAAAAAGAAAGAAAUAGAGGAGAUGAGAAAUGUAUUGCCGGUGGCGCUAACUGAAUGUGUUGAUCCCGCCAAAUUUGUUAUGGAAGCUAUAUCAGAGGUCUUUCCCGUGGACAAACGGAAAGAUAAGAGUAGCAAUGAUCUGGGAUGGGCUUGCGUGUUGGUGUUGGAGAGUUUGAUACCGGUGAUGGUCGACCCGGUGAUAGGUAAGUCGAGGUUGUUGGUGACGCCUAGUGUGAAGGCGAAGGCCAAGGAGAUCGCUGAGACUUGGAAGGUGAGCCUGGAGGAGAGAGGUGGGAUUGAGAACGUAAAGACGCCUGACGUGCAUACCUUUUUGCAGCAUCUCGUUACGUUUGGGAUUGUUAAGAAGGAGGAUGUCAACUUGUAUCGGAAGCUUGUGGUUGGCUCCGCCUGGCGGAAGCAGAUGCCGAAACUUGCCAUUUCGCUUGGUUUGGGUGAUAAAAUGCCCGAGAUGAUUGAAGAAUUAAUCAGUAGGGGACAGCAGCUUGAUGCAGUACAUUUCUCAUAUGAGGUUGGCCUCGUGGACAAGUUCCCCCCCGUUCCUCUACUUAAAGCAUUUCUGAAGGAUGCAAAGAAGGCUGCUGCAUCUAUUUUGGAGCAUCCAAAUAAUGCUGGCCGAACUGGGCACCUUGCUGCACGCAAAGAACAGUCAGCUCUCCGGGCAGUCAUUAAGUGCAUUGAAGAGUACAAACUUGAAGCUGAGUUUCCUCCAGAAAAUCUCAAGAAGCGUCUUGAGCAGCUGGAGAAGGCCAAGAUCGAGAAGAAAAAGCCAGCUGCUGUACCUGCUACUAAGCGUACACGGGCUAGCAAUGGUGGCCCAAUGCCUCCUGCCAAGGCUGGUCGUUUGACAAAUGCAUAUGUAUCAUCUUUCCCUACACCACCCACCUUUGUUAGGUCUCCUUCACAUACUCAAUACCCUGCCGGGGUCCCACCAUAUGCAUCCCCACCUGCCGUGUAUGGCACCAGGAGCCCACCAACCAAUCCAUAUGCAUACUCACCUGAAGCAGCCCCUCCUCUUGCUGGAUCCUAUCCAGGAGCUCCCAUGAACUAUCCUGCUUACGGGGGAUAUGGUGCCGGUUUGGCGCCAGCUUAUCAGCAGGCUUACUACCGAUAGACAUGACUACUCUUUGAAGAUGGUAACCACCGAUAUGAUGACCCAAAAUCUCGUUUGCUUUCUUAAUGGUUUGUAAUCACUAACCUUUUUAAUGUUAGCAAUGACUGUGUGUUAAUUAUAACUGUUAUCCUGCUUAUCACCAUGUCACUGUAAGAAGUAUUUCUAAUGUUCAUCAAACAUUUAGUAUUAGGUGAUUGUGGAAAGUACAUGAUGGCAUCAUAACAAUGUUAAGACUCAAGCAUCACCAAUGUAGUAGAUUAGCUGUAGAAAGACUAUUCUGUUUUGUGUUUA